AAGAAAUAUCAUUGACUUCGCGCAUUCUUAUAUUAAGACCUAUGGCCGUACUACUGUGCGACAGACGUUGACGACACGCUCCUUUUUGGAUAUACGGUUAACUGAGUAUCUUCAUACCGAAUAGCAUAAGGCGACCCGACGACAUUUUCCCCUCCAAAACAUGGGAUCCAAGGCAAGGAAAAUCCAGAACAAGAAUAUCAACAAGUUUAAAAGGAGGAAGCAUUACAAUGUACGCGACGCACGAGGUCGAGGAUGGAAACGUGACACGCCAGACGAUUGCCCAAGAGAUGCAUCAACAGACGUACUAUCGGACGCUGAUUCAAUAUCAACUCAACUGAAGCAAAAAGCAGCACAAUGUCUCCAAUGGCUGGGAAACAGCUGGCGCCACAUGGACAUUCGAACCUUGUUCGUGCUGCCUCGCCCAAUUUCGCUCAGAACUCUCUGGCGCUACAUAUGGCGUCGCCCCAUCUUGGGUGCAUGGCAUCGCCGCAAGAUUGUGGCCUUUUUCCGAGCACUGUGGACGGUACCCCUUCGUGAUAAGAUCAAUGUGGGUAUGUUUUUGGGCUUUCUCCUCGGUGGCAUGUUUGCCCUGAAGCGUGUCUUUGUUAGGGCGCUUCUUGGUGAUCCUUUAGCUUUAGGAAUGGUGCCCAUGGAAUUGGGAAGAGGGGGCUGACGACAUGGCAUGCCGCUUAUGCGGUUGAGAUGGUUUGGCUCCAUUUCUCGAUUCCGCAACUGCG